CUCACUUCGAGCAAGCUCAUCACCUGCACCGCAUAAAUCCCAUCGCAGCCAUGGCAGCGCGUCUCUCGAGAAGCGCCAUCAGCGCUGCUCGUCUUCGACCUUCCCUCACCCCUCGAGCUCUCCCCUCCAUCGCCGCUCGCUAUUACGCAGACGUGCCCGCGGAAGAGCCUAAGAAGAAGGCUCAGUCCAUUUUGGACUCGCUACCAGGCUCUUCGCUUGCCUCCAAGGCCGCAAUCCUGUCGGCGGGUGCGGGUUUGUCUAUCGCUGCUAUCAGCAACGAGCUCUACGUUUUCAAUGAGGAAACCAUCGUUGCUUUGUCGCUGCUGACUGUCUUUUGGGGUGUCGGAAAGUACGGUGGCCCGGCAUAUGCGGAGUGGGCCCGGGGACAGCAGGAUAAGAUGAGGGCUGUCCUUAACCAGGCGCGGGAGAACCACACCAAGUCCGUUAACGACCGCAUUGCCAGCGUGAAGGAGUUUGGUGGUGUCGUUGACAUCACGAAGACCCUGUUCGAGAUCUCAAAAGAAACCGCCAAGCUCGAGGCUGAAGCGUACGAGCUCGAGCAGAAGACCGCCAUUGCCGCCGAAGCCAAGAACGUACUUGACUCGUGGGUUCGAUACGAGCAGAGCGUCAAACAGAGGCAGCAAAAGGAGCUGGCAGACACUGUCAUUGCCAAGGUUGAGAAGGAGCUUCAGAACCCGAAGGUGCUCCAGCAGAUCCUUGACCAGAGCGUGAAGGACGUUGAGAGACUCGUUUCGCAGAAGGCAUAGAUACAAUGUACAACGGGCGAAGUAGAGUGGGCGGACUGUGCAAAAAACUCUGUCUAUAUAGUUUCCAAUGCGCCCAAUCUUUUUUCUUUUGUCAUAAGCAAUCAUUUCCAACCAUGAGUCCAGUUUCUUCAAAGCUGUGUCGCUCCCUCCAGCUGUUUUCAUCAUCAAGCAUUCGACACCGACCUGUUUCUGCCUCGUGUCGCUAAGACCGGGGACACCUAUCCCUUCGAGCCCCACUAUAUCCCAUUGCCUUUUUCUUUCCCGCUCUCUUUUGCUUUUUAACCCUCCCGGACUUCACCCUCUUUUCUCGCCAUCUAUCUUCCCUAAAUGGCAUCUCCAGCAGCCGACAAACCUCGGAGCGGAACGUCGCCAUCGUCCAUUCCAUCCACGGUCCGGACCUUCGCUUCGCCAUUCCGACUCGUCCCAAGCCUGCCUUGGGGAGCCCAAACUUGGCCGUUGCCUACCGACGCUGUCAUCUUUAGGACUGAACGCGAGCACCUGGGUUUGGCCAGCCUUGCCGGCGUCAAGCCCAGAUCCAAGAGACCUCGGAACUUGUCGCGGGACAACAAAAAACCUCGGAGCCCCAAAAAUUGCAAUGGCUACGCGUCGACACGGUCCCGGAUCGAUGUAGACGUGAGGCAGGGACCGUCGCCUUUUUACGCCGUGUCGCUGGCGGGAAGGCCAGGCCGGGUCUCGACGAUGUCUACGCCGGCAACAACCGGUCGAAGGCUAGAUGGGGAUGAGUGUCGAGCUCUUUUUUUUUUUUUUUUUUUUAA